CGGGAGUUCACUCAGUAAUGUUUACUUGGGAGGGAGAACAAGAAAACUUUAAAUUUGAACAAAAUUCCACUAGAAUGCCUGGCCAAAUGUUCGAUCACAUCCGUGAAUUGUAUCAAGCAGAGUUAUAUGAAGAUCUAAAGCAGCUCGUCAGUAUUUUAUAAUUAAAUUAUAAACCAUUAAAAUAAAAGGCGAUAACAUGUAUUAAUUAUUAAUAUUAAUCAUUUAAUUAUUCGUUAUUAGCCUCCGAGAUUAACCCAGCAAGUCUACAACCGGUACUACAUGUACUACGCCUACUGCUAGUAAACUAGGGGCAGGGCCAAAGACCAAUUUGAAUAAAAAUCAUUAACAUUUUUAAAACAACAUCAACUAGCCAUGGGCCUGGGCUCAGUGAGACCUAGACCACAUUCAAAAGCACUGCCUGGUCUAGUGUAGUGAUCAGUGAUGUAGGCCUACUACAUGCAAGUUAAAAAAUAUAGAUAUAAUGAUAUGGGUAUUAUGUAUAUAGGACUUUUCAUAAAUAAAUAAUAAUAAUAUUAAAUGGCUAUCAUAAGUCAUAAGUUGACUGACUGAAAGCUAUAGUAGGCACUUUGGUAUCACCCGGAAAUACCCGAAAAACUGGUAUUGUAAUUGUAAUUUCGCUGUCAAAAUGGCGACAAGCACUUUUUAAUUCACUGAGGGAAGCCUUAUUUCGCCUUUUAUAGUCGAUUUUUAGCAUAAUAAUAAAUUCUACAUCCCCUAAUUACAUAAAGCUGACAUCUUUCUUGUUGUAGACAUUGUAGUGAGAGUUUGUUUGAUUUUUUUUUCAUUGAAAAUUGAAGUUAAAAAUAGGUAAACUUCACUCAUCAAUAACUUUUUUUUUAAAAAUGCGCUCCAUAAUUAAAAAACCAGAGCAAUUAAUUCAUAGGUUCAUUUACAACAUAUCCAAAAUUCAUGAGUGUAGACCAUGCGUAUGCUUCAAAAACAAAACUGACAGAUUUCUUUUUUUUUUUAAGGCUAUGUAAUAUGUCAUCAUGGCCACCGCCACCAUGUUUGUAUGCUUCCUACCGAUUAUCGAUAGCGGCCGUAGGGUAGUUAAUAAUUCAUUACAUUGGUUAUCCAGAAUAUAAUUGGGAAAUAUAACUAAUAAUAAAUCAUUUUUAUCAUGUUUAUUAUUUUAUACAAUGAUGUGAUAUUAUACUAUAAUGUCAAGGGUAUGAGAAUCACCUUUGUUAUGUGUAGAUCACUGUUGUUAUGUUGAUAGAGGAUAGAGAUGGCCGUUGUGUGAUGUUCAAGGCAUAGCUUGUUCUGUGUGUGAAGAUUCGGCUAGAUAGAUCGUGAAGUUGAACGUUGAUAAGUUUACAGUUGUAUUGUGAAGUACAUUGAUUUGUCAGACUUAACGAGGCAUAUUAAAAUUAUACAUUGAAAUCAUAUCGAUAUAUCCAGUGUUUGUUGUCGGUUACACUGGUAUGUGUGGUACUAGGAUGUCCCAUGGUUGAGCAUCUGGAUUAGAAGAGUGGAUGACCACAGGACAUCAAGAGCUACAGUUCUACAUAUAAAUAUGAUACCAACUUAUAAUCUAUGAGUGGCAGAAAAUUAUUACAGAUCUAUUUGUUAUGUUGAUGAAUUCUUAUUUAUUAAUUCUUUAGACCAGGUUAUUGAUAGUUUCAGAGUUCUAAGAAGUGGCAUUUAAUAAGCCUUUCUCUAUUAUUUUAAUGCAUAAUUCAAGAUAAGUGAUUUAUCCACAUGCAGCUCUGUGUAGUGCUGUCUAUGAUUGAUGGGAAUGCUGGAGUUGACAUCGGGGAGAUUCUUUCACUGCCCCAGAAAUAUCAAAGCCUCAUCUACUAUGGUGAUGCACUUUAUCAGCUUGGGGAAUAUAAAAAAGCAGAGGUAAAGUAUUACAUGACACCACUUAACUGCAUUUUGGGUGAAUCAAAAUUUUAAUUUAUUGUCUUUUAUUCACAGUUGUAACUGUUGAAACAUUUAACCCAUAGAAUUUAAAAUUGUGUAAAAAUGCAUGAAUUAAAUUUUUUUCAAUAAUCUAAUUUCACCCCAUUUUUUUUUACUUCAGAGUGUGUUCAUGAGAUGUCUCCAGCUAAGAAAAACUCUUAAUAAAAGCAAGAUCAAAAGUGUUUCAUCAACUGUAAGCUCAACAAACAUAGAUAGUCUUUGCUUUUUUUUUUAAGGUUCAUGUUAGAUAUCAAUUAGAAAUCAGAAUGUUUGAAAUAAUGGCUGACACAUUAACAGAUGUAUGUUAAUGGAAUAAUAAAUACCUGUGUGUUAGAAAUAUUUAUGCAUAAAUGUCCUUGUUUAAGUUACCAUCAACUUUUCUCAGGAGCUGACAUCUGAGGUUGACUUGAAAUAUAAAAUUUAUCAAUGUCUGCAUAAGAUGAAACAGAAUGUUGAGGCCCUUAAUAUUGUAAGUAUAAACUAAAAAUCGCUUUACUAAAAAUUACUUUUAGCUGUUUUAAUCUUCAAAAUAAAAUCCUUUUGUUAAAUAAAAACUUAACAAACAAGUAACGUAAAUUUGAAGAAAGAAUGAAGUAGAUAAAAUUAGGCGUCCAUUUUUAAAAAUAAUAUAAAAUGCAUUGUUAAUUUUGUAGGGGUGCCAGGUUAAGUUAAAAAUCUUUAGGGGGGUGGAAGACUAGUUAAUAAAUUCGUAGGUGGUGCAGACCACAGAAAAAGUUGGGGAACACUGUUUAAAAUAAAACUAUUUUGAUUUUGCUGUUCAAUAUUUUUUUCGCUGUCUAAAAUAUUAUUAGACUUAAUGCACUUUUAAUAAAUACAGUGACAUUUUGAAAUAAUAUUGUUUAAUAGAAUUUAUAGAUUGAUGUGAUGUGUGCCAUAUUCUUUUCUAUUUGUGAAUCAUACAAUAAAAUUGCCUCAUUCAGCUGGAAAGUAUCAAUACCAAGAAGAGGACUGCCCGUGUCAAUCUUGCUCUGGCCAAGCUUUACUUACAUGAUGGACGAGACAGAGCGGCCAUUACCUGCUAUAAAGAACUUAUUAGGUGGAGUAUGAAAUAAUUAUUAAUAUAUUUUAUUAAUUAAUUGCUACAAAUUUCACAUAUUGGAAGUUAAAGCAUUAAUGCACCAUUAAUAAGUGAUAUUUUGGCAUAAUUUUGUUUGAUAGAAUUUAGAGAUUGGUGUGAUGUGUGCCAUUAGCUUUUCUAUUUGUAAAUCCAAAUAUCUUCCUAACUUCAUUUUCCAUUGUUAGUGACACAAGGAUGUUGUCUUUUUUUUGUUAUAUUUAGAGAACAUCCGUUAGCUUUAGAUGCCUUGACUUGUCUUCUUAGCCUGGGAAUGAGGGGAGUGGACCUUAUGUCUUAUAUCAUGAACAGUAUUCCACAAUCUUCUUGUGAUUGGUGAGUCUUGCCUUUUUCCAGAGUCUGCUUGUGAUUGGUAAGUCUUAAAUAUCCUCGCAAUCAUCUAGGGUACCAUUUUCCAAAGUGUUCAUUUUGGCGGAUCGGUGGACAACUUUUGAAUUUGCGCCAGAGACCUGUGCCAAAUUUAUUAAUUUUAUUUUUAUAUUGACUUGAAAUUUGUUUUGCAGACCAAAAUUUGGGAAACUCUGCUGGAGGGCAGUCUAGUAUAGCAUCAUUACACCAUCUACUUGUGUUUUGUUAAGUCUUAAAUAUAGCACAAUCUUCUAGGGAAUCGGAAGUCUAACAUCAUCUCACCACCUGCUUAUGUUUUGUUAAGUCUUAGAUAUUCCACAAUGAUGUAGUUUUUGUUUUAAUUUGAAAAUGUUCAGAUUAUUUUUACAUCAUUUUAUAAAUUUAUUUUGUUUCCAUGAGACUUUAAUAAGAAUUAUUUGACCAAAUCAUCUUGACUACCAUUAGGUUUGAUGGUUGGCAUAAGAAUUGUUAGACUAACUGUCUACUACUACCAUCAGGUUAAACAGUUGGGUCAAAGCUCAAGCCAGGAUGGCAUCCAAAGAAUACAGUAGUGCAAUAACAAAUUUCAGGGCCAUGGAGCCAAAGGUCAGUCAGUUUUACUUGCAAUUUUUUACCAUCACGUCCGCACCCCUACUUCAGUAAAUAUCAAAGUCAUUACAUAUAAAGUUGUAAAAAGAAAAGGGUACAUUUCAGAAGAGAUUUUUAAGGACUGGAAAAUGCAUGCUGAUUUAGUAUAAAAUCUUAAAAGUAAUUUGUAAAUUACACUAGGUAUUUUUUUUAAAUUGCUAAAACAUCUGUUAGAUUUAUUUUAAAAUUAUUAAUCCCAUAUUGCUGUCUGUUGAAUUAUCUAAUAUAUAACUAAUAUUAUCUGUAUUUUAGCAUGGUUUAAAAGAUAACGUUCUGAUACUGAGCUAUUUGGGAGAAGCCUGCUUCCAUGGAGGUCACUACACACAAGCAAUAGCACAGUUCAGACGGGUCAGUGUUUUUUAAAAUAAAAGUUUAAAUAUGGACACAGUUAAGGGGACAUCCUAGUUUAAGUGUACAUCCAAUAUCUUCCCCAUACAUCUUGAAUGAAAGAAACAAUAUCCCAUUAAAAAAAAAAAAAUUCUUUACCAUCAGGUGCACACUCUUGAUCCAUUGUAUUUGAAAAACAUGGACAUCUACGCCUACUUGUUGUCUAAAGAGAAGAAAACAGAAGAUUUACAUUUGUGAGUAUUGGAAACUGCCUUGCAAGUUUACAGAGUUGCUAUAACUUGUUUUUGUUGUUGUUUUUUUACUACAUUGGGCAGUGAUCAAUUGCAUUCCUUGUGUGUUAAUAUUUCAGGCUUUAUUGAAUAUUGUUGGCUAUUCACCCCAAGACAUUUGCUUCAGCCAAAACUGUAGGCCCCUAAUGUGAAGUAAUUUUUUUAUUAAUUUCUUUUUAGAAUAUUUUUUUGACGUAAUAAAGUUUUACUAUUUUUUUUUUUGUCUGACAAAAUCCCUUUUCUUUAUUUGAACAAUAUCUAGGUUGGCCCAAAGCUUGAUGUCAGUCUCUGAACAAGCUGUGGAGCCCUGGGUUGCCAUGGGUUACAGCUCUCUAGCACUGCACUCCUCAAAUUCUAACAAAAACAAGACCAUCAGAGCUAUUUACUGUGCUCAGAAGGUAACUAUUCCAGCUAGUGGUGGGGUUCCACUUAUCCCCAUCAGUGGGAUUCCACUUGACCAUUACCACUGGCAGGUGUUACCAUGUAUGUUUGAGGAAAAACACUAAGGUUAGGGAAUUAGCCUUAUCUGAUGUUAUAUGCAAUAAUAUGGGAGCUAUUGUGAAUGGUUAUUGGAAAUUUGAUAGAAAGAAAUUUUGUUGACAAUAAAUUGAUCGACGGAAAUUUGAUCGAACGGAAAUUAGGUUGAAUAUUUUUUUUUUUCAGUUCACACAUUAAAAUUUGAGUCAAAUUUCUUUGUGAACGCACUAUACUAUAUAGUUUAAUAAAAUAACGCGUUCAAAAAGAAAUUUCAAGCAAAAUUUUAAUGUUUAAACUGAAAAAAAGAUGUGACCGAAUUUCCGUUCAAUCAAAUUACCGUCAAUCAAUUUACAGUCGAAUAAAUUUCUUUCGAUCAAAUUUCCGGAUACGAUUGUGAAUGUGUUACUUCUUAACCUGUGAACUGUCAAAUCCAAACAUGCUGUGGUGUCAACUCUUUUUUUUUAGUAGCAUUGAUAUCUAUCAGUAAACAUAAGUUAGACAUUAUGAGGGUAAACUGGACAAAGAAUCAUUAGGUAUGAAUGUUGGAAUUCUGUGAACUAUGUAAAAUGAAUGUGACCUUCACCUUUCAGCAGUGAGUACACUUGUGCUACUGUUUAGCUCCCUUCAACUCACAAGCUCAAUGAUUUUGACUCCUUUGUUUCAUCUUAAUAGGUUAUUCAGAUGCUGAUAACAUUAUUUGUUCAUUUUAGAAAAUACUGUUAAAGUUAUAUGGUUUUAUAGAUAUAAAUUUUUUUUUUUUUUUAAUUCAUUGUUUACUAACUCAUUUUUUUUUUAAUUUUUUUUAUAGUCAUUCGUUUUAAAAUUUAAAAAAAAAAAAUGUGAACACAUGAAAUAUUUACUUUAGUCUUCUAUAAUUUGGAAAUAAAUCUAAUUUAUUAGAGUUACCCCCCUUUAAAAAAAAAAACGUAUGCUUCUCAUUCAUAUUUAUGGUAUUAAUUUUAGUAGAGGCUGAUUAUUUUGGCCGUAACACCAUAGAAUCAGCCAUUAAGUUAGUGGAUUAUGCAGAUGUAGUUGAAGACAGCUAAGCAAAGUAAGGCUGGAGAAUAUAGGGAUGAGGUUGUAGCACUAAAAAUAUUCAUCAGAUGGUUGAACGUUGGGUUUUAAAAGAUAUUUUAAUACCUCCUUUGGAGUCAAGGGACAGUUAAUCCUCCUUUUGAUUAAGUGUGUAUGUGUUGGGGGGGGGUCUGAUGCUCCCUGGGAUACAGAUGAAUAAGGGUUAAGAAAAUAAAAUGUUUAAUUUAUGUUUAUUUGCAUAGGCCUACUCACUGGACAAUCUGUCAGUGCAAGCACUCAUCCUGAAAGGUACAGCGUUGCUAGAUAUGAAGAAGGGACCCCAGGCAAUCCAGCACUAUCAGGAAGCUGUUCGGAUGGCUCCCAAUAGAUUUGAGGCAUAUCAAGGUAUGUGUUAUCUAUUGAAUUAUUGUAUUAUCCUGUAAAAUUUAUUGUGUUACGUGUUGAAUUAUUUGUAUUAUCAUGUACCAUGGAUUGUGUUACAUGUUUAAUUACUUUAGUAUCCUGUUCCAUGGAUUGUGUUACCUGUUGAAUUACUUUAGUAUCCUGUUCCAUGGAUUGUGUUACCUGUUGAAUUACUUGUAUUAUCCUGUUCCAUGGAUUGUGUUACCUGUUGAAUUAUUUGUCUUCUCAUCUAGCCAUCAAUACAUUAGUUAUUUCUUCUUACUGUAGAUAGUCAUUCUAAAGCCUGUUUGUUCAUAAGCCAGCCCACCUACUUUCGCAUGGGAAAAUUCUGAAAAGUGUAUGACCUUCUCAUAAGCAAACCAUCUAGAAUAAUAUGCCAGUAUAAGCAUUAGGGUACCAAAAAAUGGCAGAAGCGCAUGGCAUGUAUUUAGAAUUGUUGACGAUUGGCACACCGUAGGUCUGUUUCUUUAUUAGUAAGUCGUACUUUGUGCAUGAGCAAUUUAUCAUUCAUUACUCAAACAUUCAAACAUGGUCAAUAUAUACUUAUGCCUUAUGCAAACGAAUCUACUUGACAAAUCAGUUGGGGAUAAAGUUAUAUCGGUUAGACCACAGCUCGUUUGUCAAUUAUAAUAAUUUAACCUCGUAGCAUCUUAGGCCAGCUUUAAAAAAAAACAACUCGUGUGCUUAAUACGUGUAUCGCAUUAUUAUAUGGAACAAUAUUUUGGUAAAUACAGAUAUUCAUUAAUAUUGAAAGUUUCUGGUAAUAUAUUUGAAUCUUGUGGUGUAUAUUUUAUAGUGUUGCUGUCUAAACAUAUAUUUUCUUAUGUAAAAUUGAACUAAUGAUGUUGAUUUACCAUUUUGUACAGUGUUACCACUGGAGAGGUGUUAAUACCAACAUUGAUGUGCUGUUACAAUGAAUGUGGGGUUACAUUGGUCUCCAGUUAGCAUUUAUGUGGUGGUACCAUUGAGUUGGUGUUACCAUUAAUGGGGUGUUUUCAAAAUAAAUUUUCUUCAGGUCUGAUUGAUUGCCUCAUUAGUAACAGAAAGAUCAAGGAAGCGUUAGCAUGGGCCAUGAGAGCUUGUAAAACUAUUGGGAAUAAUGCUAGAACAUUUACAGUAAGUUGAUUGAAAGAACAUUUACAGUACAGUAAGUUUAUUGCUUUAAAUAUUUACAAGUUCAUAAUAGGACACUGCCUCACUAGCUAUAUUUUUAAUUCGUCAUAUAUAUUGCUGUGGAGAAAUCUGUCUUUUUCCCCAUUAUUUAUUUAAUUUGUACCCGGUAACUGCUGGUCUGACAAUAAUAAUGUCUGCUCACAUUUCCCUGCUGGUGUUAUCAUCUCAACAAGAAGUUUUUUGGACAUUCGUUCUCUCAUUUCUUGUUUCUUAUAUUUAUUCGUUUCAGCUUGUGGCAUCUGUACUGGCUAAAGACCCAAGCAACAUAGCCAAAGUGAGUUAUCUGUCGUUGGAAAGAAUUAAUUCCAACAUAAACUUCAUUGUUAGUUUUGUUUCCUAAAAAUAUGCAUCUCGUGUCUGACUGAUGCGUCUUGUGUCUGACUGAUGCGUCUCGUGUCUGACUGAUGCGUCUCGUGUCUGACUGAUGCGUCUCGUGUCUGACUGAUGCGUCUCGUGUCUGACUGAUGCAAUAAGUAUCAGGCUGUCUGAGGUGCAUCAUUAACUGUAAAAGUGCUCAGCUAUAUUUUCAAACUUUGUAUUAUACUAGAGAGGAGCAUUGUCUUGUAACACUCAUUCAUUUGGUUGAUAGUUUGAUGCUUGUCAGAUAAAAUUUCUUUAGGUUCCACUUAACCUAGAUAGCUGAGUUUUGGUAUGCAGCUAAGCUGUGUGGUAAAUAUAUUUUAAUUUUCAAAGUUUGACUCUGAUUUGCCAACUGAGAAAUGUUAUGUAAAGUAUGAAUGAUUUCUAUGCACAGGAAUAGUGGGAAUAAAGUAACCAUACAAUUUGAAUUUUAUGCCCAACUUUAUCCAAGUGAUUUUUGGACCUGGGUAGUGCAGGCUCUAGGUUGUCAAGCUGAUAGGAAAAUCUGGAGCAUUUUUAAUAAAACUUUAGAAAAACAAAAUCAUGCUAAAGAACAAAAUGUUUUGCCAUCUUUUUGUUAAAGUUGUGUUCAAAUUAGCUGAAGGUUUUUAAGAUAAUUUCUUGUCUCUCUAAAGGCCAAGCAGUAUUUGAAUCGUGCCAUGACCUUUGACCCCAACUUACUUGAACCUGUGUACCUGCUUGUUGACAUCCUGAUCCAGGAACAUGACUAUGCCAAGGGAACUGAAAUGUGAGUACUAUUAUGGUAUAUGUGAAGGGAUCUGAAAUGUUAAAAAAAGUAUUGUAUAAAGAAACAGUAAUAGUAUUAUGAUAUGAAGUAAAUGAAAUGGGAUUAAUAAAGAACUAAAACCUCUCGUUGUUGUUUGGGAAACCGUUUAGGCUAAAGUUGUCUCUGUACUAGAAAAACUUAAUGCUCCAAAGAAUACUCUAAAUUGGCCUCUUGAAGCCAGACAUUACUAUGUGAGAGCCUUUAGCUAUAACAUGUUUUUAAAAAAUGUGGUCUUUAUUUGAGCUUUAAAACAAUUCAAUCAAUUUUUGGCUCAAUUGACUGCUAAAUGACAUUGUUUGCAGUAAAUGUUUAUUUUUUGGUUGUGAUUACAAUAGUGAUAGUGUUAAAUAACUACAGGACCCAGAAUAUGAUAAAAUAAAUGUGUAUUUUAUCAACAUGACCUUUUACAGAUUGCGUAAAAUGUUGGAGAACCACAGCACCACAAAACUACAUCAACAGUAUGCUGACUGUCUUCAGAGCUUAGACCAACGACAGGAGGCACUUGAUCAAUACAACAUUUCUCUCAGGUAAGCAUUUUAACAAUACAGUAUAACAUAUCUCUCAAGCAGGAUUUUUAACAAUGCAGUAUAACAUUUCUCUCAGCUAAGAAUUUUAACUAUACAUUAUAACAUAUUUCUCAUGUAGGAAUUUUAACAAAACAGUACCGGUAUAACAUAUCUUUCAUGUAGGCAUUUUAACAAUACAGUAUAACAUAUCUCUCAUGUAGGCAUUUUAACAAAACAUUAUAACAUAUCUCUGAUGUAGGCAUUUUAACAAUACAGUAUAACAUGUCUGAUAGGCAUUUUAACAAAGCAGUAUAACAUAUCUCUCAUGUAGGCAUUUAAAAUUAUAAAAUAUCUCUCAGGUAGGAGCUUCAUCAAUAUAUUUUCUUAUUCAGUUGAAACUUUUUCUUAUUCAGUUGAAACAAAUUAAUUCAUCUGAUCUAUACAUGAUUGUAAAUCUAUAAAACUAUUCAGUUUAGUUAGUCAGUGCUAUACAAUAAUGGAACUCUCUUUCUGUGCUAUACAACAAUGGAACUCUCUUUCUGUGCUAUACAACAAUGGAACUCUCUUUCUGUGCUAUACAACAAUGGAACUCUCCUUCUGUACUAUACAACAAUGGAACUCUCUUUCUGUACUAUACAAUAAUGGAACUCUCUUUCUGUGCCGCACAAUAAUGGAACUCUCUUUCUGUGCUAUACAACAAUGGAACUCUCUUUCUGUGCUAUACAACAAUGGAACUCUCUUUCUGUGCUAUACAAUAAUGGAACUCUCUUUCUGUGCUAUACAACAAUGGAACUCUCUUUCUGUACUAUACAAUAAUGGAACUCUCUUUCUGUGCCGCACAAUAAUGGAACUCUCUUUCUGUGCUAUACAACAAUGGAACUCUCUUUCUGUGCUAUACAACAAUGGAACUCUCUUUCUGUGCUAUACAACAAUGGAACUCUCUUUCUGUGCUAUACAACAAUGGAACUCUCUUUCUGUGCUAUACAACAAUGGAACUCUCUUUCUGUGCUAUACAACAAUGGAACUCUCCUUCUGUACUAUACAAUAAUGGAACUCUCUUUCUGUGCCGCACAAUAAUGGAACUCUCUUUCUGUGGUAGCUUGGAUCCCAAUAACUCUCGAGCUCGUGAGGCCAGCGAGAGGAUUGAGAAACACAAUGAGAUGGGUCUGGAUGGUACUUACGACGUUGAGGCUGAGGAGAUGAUGGGUAACCCUAGCGAUGGCGAGGUGGGUGCUUCUAGUUAUUACAAGUUUACAGCAUGGGUGAUGUAUCUUAACUCUUUAUCAACUGUGUGCCGACUGUUUACCCCAAAUGUUUACCAACUGUGUGCCAACUGUUUAGCCCAAAUGUUUACCUACUGUGUGCCGACUGUUUACCUACUGUGUGCCAACUGUUAACCUACUGUGUGCCAAUUGUUUACUUACUGUGUACAGACUGUUUACCUACUGUGUGCCGACUUUGUACUUACUGUGUGCCGACUUUGUACCUACUGAGUGCGAACUGUGUGCCAACUGUGUGCCGACUUUGUACCUACUGAGUGCGAACUGUGUGCCAACUGUGUGCCGAUUUUGUACCUACUGUGUGCCGACUUUUUACCUACCGUGUGCCAAUAUUUAAGUAUUUUUUUUCCCAUCUGCUGUAUGUAAAAAUACCAGUAAGUGGGACAAUUUUUUAUGAUUGUGAAAUAUUAUAUGUUUGACAGAUUCUCCUUUCUUGUUCCAUUGAAUCCUGACCGCUGGCCAAAAUCCUGACCGCUGGCAUAUUAGUUUUAUGAACUGUUUUCUAAUGGCACUAUUAAUUAAUUUUCAUGCACUGACAAAGAUAAAACUCAGUAGGUUAAGAGUUAAAAUGGACAUUCACUUUUUUUUAAGGACUUGAUGACACUGCUAAAGAAUUAUUUAUUCAGAUUUCAGUGUUAACUGUUCUUGGGGCGGGAUCGAACAGUACCUGAUUAAGAUCCCAUUUGGGUAAAUCUCUUCUUUUUUCCUUCCUCAGCCAGAAUACAGUGAUAUGGAAAGCUGGUCGGAGACAGAGUUCAGCCAACCUUGACACACGCAAGGCUUAGAGCUCAUGGUCUUGGAUUGCCUGUGACCUUUGGCGGGAGAGUUUACAAUCUGACACAAGGAGGGUGGAUAAUGGUCUCUGCUUCUGCUUGGUCACAUGACAUGGUCUAUUCUAGUAUUGGUAUUUCUGAAUCCCCCAAUCGGAUUGCAAUGAAUAUUUUAAAUCAAAUAUUUGGAAAGGGGCGGG